CUCAAUACUUGAUGUAACAAGUUGUGAACCAAAGUUGUGAGCCAAAGUUUUUUGACUCCAUAAACUCAUUCAACCAAAACACCUUUCAAAACAUCUAUCUACCAAAACAUUAAUCCUUAAAAAAAUAGUUAAGUUUCAAAACCAUGUUGAACAACAAAGUAAUUAUUCUUUUAGUUCUUAUGUUUUUCAUCAUUUCUGUUUUCUGUUCUGAUCCAGACCCAGUUAAUGAUUACUGCAUAGCCAUAUCAGAAGACAACAAAUUCAGUUGCAAAAACUCAUCUUUAGCAACAGUUGAAGAUUUCACUUUUUCUGGUAUAAAAUCCCCAGGAAAUUUCAAAGCAACUGGAUUUACUUCAUUGGGAGUGAAUUCAAAUGUAUUUCCAGGUUUAAACACUCUUGGAGUAUCAUUUGUUAGAGCUGAUUUUGAUGUUGGUGGUGUUAAUGUUCCUCACUUUCAUCCAAGAGCAACAGAAGUUGCUAUUGUUCUUGAAGGAAAAAUUUAUUCAGGAUUUGUUGAUACUAAGAACAAGAUUUUUGCUAAAGUUUUGGAGAAAGGUGAAGUUAUGGUUUUUCCAAGAGGACUUGUGCAUUUUCAGAUGAAUGUUGGUGAUGUUCCUGCUACUAUUUUUGGUAGUUUUGAUAGUCAAAAUCCUGGUUUGAUGAAAAUUCCUAAUGUUGUUUUUGGAUCUGAGAUUAAAGAUGAGCUUUUGGAAAAGGCUUUUGGACUUAAUUCUAAGGAGCUUUCUAAGUUAAAGAAGAGGUUUUCUCCAAGCUAAAAAAAUAAAAAAAUUGGGUGAAAAAUGAUUUUUUGACAUCAAAAUUUUGAUGUUAAUUAGUUUUUAUGUGUAUUUUUUAAAUUCAUUAAGUUGUAGAAGAUAAAAAAUAAAAAAAAAAGAGAAAGAUAAACACAUAUGUAUUAGAUAUGUUUUUAUUUUGUUUUAUGUUUAUUGUAACAUUGGUUGAAAUGAAAGCAAUGAAGAAUGAAAAGUGGAAUAUUAAAUUAAGAUCCACUUCAUGCUGGUAGAUA